AUGAUUCUCAACGUUCUCCUGCCGAUUCUUGCUACCUCCCAAGCUGCUCUCGCUGCUACCAACGUCCCAUACGACGUCUUUUCCCAUUACGGUCGCAGUCUCAUCGAAAAUGCGCACACAUCGCAGAAGUCCAAUUUGCCAGCGAAACACGUCGCUUUAAGCCAAGCUUUACAAGGGAGGCUCCCCAACACGACCUGUAACUCCUCCACGGACUACCCCAUCGGCAUUUUGGGUGCCGGGAUGGCCGGUCUCUACACUGCCUUGAUUCUCGACGACCUUGGCAUUCCGUACGAGAUAUUGGAGGCUGAUAGUACGCGAAUUGGAGGAAGGAUCUACACGCACCAAUUUGACCCUAGCAAGGAGUUUGAAUAUUAUGAUGUCGGGGCCAUGCGCUUCCCCCUCCCCCAACCUGGGACGCACGGCGUGAUGUCGCGUCUGGAACAUCUCUUCCAUUACCCUCCACUCAACACCGGAGGUGAUCUGGCCCUGGCAAGCAAGCUCAUUCCAUAUUACUACCGCGCGGUCAACGGAACUGGACGCAUGUAUUUCAACGAAGUUCAUUCCACUGUCAACGCCAACCCGCCCAGCCAGUUCGACGCCCAAGCCAUGGAUGUCCCACAACCUUAUAUCAAUGCCGGUGUCAGUAACAUUCUCAACGACGCUAUCGGCCCGCUCGCAGAGGCACUCUUCAACGAUAUUAACACUGGUACGACUGCUGGCUGGCAGAGGAUGCAAGAACUCGAUCCUCAUAGCACUCGAUCUUACCUUGCGUUCAAUUAUACGCCGAGCGCCAAGUUCGCUCAGCAAUAUCAGCUACCAGAAACGCCUUUGGAUGUGGAUACUAUCAACUGGGCUGAAACAUUCGACAAGAGUACCCAGUGGUAUGACAGAGCCUUAACGGAGACCGUAUUGGAAGCCGUAGCUUUCGGCGACGUUCCCGGCGUCACCGUUGACUGGAAGUGUUUGAGAGGUGGUUCGCGCCAGCUCCCAUAUACCAUCAAAGCCUACCUCGACUCCAGAUCUCCCGGCUCCAUAAAACAAGGUGUUCAAGUUGCCAAAAUCGCAUCCACUGAUCCCGGAAGCACCAGCUCACCCCUUAUAGUAACCAGCACAACUGGCGACGCGUACACCUACUCCCACGUCAUCUCCACCAUCCCCCUCCCUGUUAUGCGUACCCUCGACCUCACUCAAGCUGGUCUAUCCAUCAUGCAAUCCAACGCCCUCCGUCAGCUCCAGUACGGACCUUCCAUCAAGAUUGGCAUCCAAUUCACCGAGCCUUGGUGGACUACCGGUGUUGACAAGGACGGAAAACCCAUCGGCAUCGUUGGCGGACAGUCGUUCACUGAUCUACCCAUUCGGACUGUCGUAUACCCCUCGUAUGGCGUCAACACUCCCGGAUCUGCGCCCUCCAACGUGCUCAUUGCUAGUUAUUGUUGGACCAACGACGCGGAGCGCAUGGGAAAUCUCAUCAAUACUGGAGCGGACGAGUUGCUUAAGGAUCUGGUGCUCCGAAACCUCGCUACGGUGCAUAACGUCGACUACAAGUACCUGAAGGACCGCUUGGUUGCCGUCUACCCCUGGGAUUGGAACCACAACUCACUGACGAUGGGUGCUUUCGCGUUCUUCGGGCCUGGCAAUUAUUUGAAGUUGUACGAGAGCUUGAGCGUUCCCGCCUCAAACGGAAGGCUCCAUUUCGCUGGCGAAGCGAUCAGCGUCCGCCACGCCUGGGUCGUCGGUGCUUUAGACAGCGCUUGGGUCGCCGUGCACAAUUAUCUCAUCAUGACUCACGCGUCCCAGGAUACAUUGAACAAGUUCUACAACAAUUGGGGAAUCAACUGGGAGUGGACCAAGUCGGGUGCUGAGAGCAAAAAUAACAAUGGGACCCUCGCGCAUGAGGACAACCUCUUGUUGGAACAUCUUAUCAUUCACAGGUCAGACCUCUUUUCCGGUGCCUAG